UCCUCGGAAUGUAAGACUAGGGCUUGCCACAGAUGGUUUCAAUCCAUUUGGAAAUAUGAGUACAUCGUACAGCAUGUGGCCCGUAAUCUUAAUGCCUUACAAUCUACCCCCAUGGAAGUGUAUGAAAGAUCCAUUUGUCAUGCUGUCAUUGCUUAUUCCAGGACGAUCCGCACCUGGAAGAGACAUCGAUAUUUAUUUGCAACCAUUAGUAGAAGAGUUAACUACUUUGUGGGAGCAUGGUGUGCAAACAUAUGAUGCCUUAAAUGGCCAAAUAUUUACAAUGCAUGCAGCAGUCAUGUGGACCAUCAAUGACUUCCCCGCAUAUGGUUCCUUGUCUGGUUGGAGUACAAAAGGUUACUUGGCCUGCCCUAAUUGCAACAUGGAUGCUUCAUCUCAGAGUUUGCGAAGUAAGAUAGGGUAUAUGGGUGCUCGGCGGUACUUACCUGAGAACCAUAUUUGGCGAAGAAGUAGGCUAUUCAACGGUGAAAUUGAGAAUCGGUCCAAACCCGUGGAGUUAUCGGGAGAACAAAUACUCGAGCAAAUUAAUUUGGGGACGUACAAGCCGUACGGAAAGCAUCCAACCAACCAAAAAAGACAAAGGACUGAAAAGCCAACUCCAAACUGGACGAAAAGAAGCAUUUUGUUUGACCUUCCCUAUUGGAAAACACUUAAGCUUCGACAUAACCUUGAUGUCAUGCACAUAGAGAAGAAUAUAUGUGACAGUCUGCUUGGUACACUAUUGAACAUAGAUGGCAAGAACAAGGACACAGACAAAGCACGUUUGGAUCUGGAGGACAUGCGAAUACGAAAGGAGUUACACUUGAUAAGGCAUGCGAAUGGCUCUUUCGAGAAGCCUCCGGCAUUCUACACAUUGUCCCUGGCAGAGAGACAAGGGUUUUAUGAUUUCUUGAAAUCGAUUAAGUAUCCUGAUGGCUAUGCUGCAAAUGUAUCCAACUGUGUCACUGCGAAUGGUGGUAAGUUAGUUGGCCUUAAGAGUCAUGACUGUCAUGUCCUUCUACAACGUCUUCUUCCCAUUGGGAUGCGAGGAUACCUUCCUACCGAGAUUGGGACCACAUUGUUUGAGUUGGGAACUUUUUUCAAACAGUUGUGCUCAAAGACAUUGCGGGUCACUGAUUUGGAGCAAUUGCAAGAACAAAUAGUACUUAUACUUUGUAAGCUUGAGAAGAUUUUUCCUCCUGCUUUUUUUGAUGUCAUGGUCCACUUAGCAAUUCAUUUGCCUUAUGAGGCUAUGGUUGGAGGGCCCGUGCAAUAUCGAUGGAUGUAUCCUAUUGAGAGGAUGCUCGGACUUCUUAAAGGAUUUGUGGGCAAUAAAGCUCGGCCAGAAGGUUCCGUUGCGUAGGGUUACAUAUCGAAAGAGUGCAUGACGUUUUGUUCAAUGUACUUGGAUGGAGUUGAAACGAUGUUUAACAGGGAAGAAAUGAACUAUGAUGGGGGUGACAAUGGCCUGGGUUGGAAAUUUUCACUCAAAAUGUUCGUCCUUUUGGUCAACUCCCAACGGCAAUUGAUGUGUCCAUAACUGACCGCGAAUUGGCUCAUUGGUUUGUCCUACAUAGUAGUUUGAAAGUGGACGAAUAUCUAGAGGAACACAAGCUCGUGUUGCAACAAACGUAUGGAAGUGAUUGCAACAUUGCAACAUUGUAACGCGACAAUGCAAAGAAUUUCCUAAAUGGUUCAAAGAUUGCAUGAACCAAUUGUGAAAUCAAAAGUCACCCGAAGCAACCGAUGAGAUGUGGUCAUUAGCCAAUGGACCUAAUGCCUUAGUGAACACGUAUUCGGGAUGCAUUGCUAAUGGCGUCCGAUUCCAUACUAUCGACCGUGAUAACCGUCAUAAAUGUCAAAAUAGUGGGUUGGGAGUGGAAGGCGACCACGAAGGCCAAUUGAUAAAGUUCUACGGCUACCUUUGUAAAGUGUGGGAACUGACAUAUUUGUUUGGACAUCGGGUUGUUUUGUUCCAAUGUGAAUGGUAUAACACCGGUAGUAGUCGAACUUUACGUGUCGAACCACAUGUGACAACUGUUGAUGUAAGAAGUUGAUGGUAUAAAGGUGACUUGUUUGUGUUCCUAAGCCAAGUUCAACAAGUUUUCUAUGUUCAUGAUACGAAGUUAGGGUCGAAUUGGCAAGUCGUAGAAAAGUUUCAACAUCGAUGAAUUUGGGAUGUGCCAGAGCUGGAUGUGCCAGAAUUUGAUGAAGUGUUGCAAGAAGAUGAAACCACUACCGUUGUACCAACUGAGCCUAUUGAUGAUGAUGUUGUUUUGCGUCGGGAUGACAUUGAACCUGAAAUUAUUUCAAUGGAAGUUUCUCAGUCCAAAAAGCGUGUACAACCUGGGGAUGUUAUGGAUGAUGCUUUCAUCUGUGACGACGAUGAUGAACUAACAAUCGCGGGUGAUGACGAAGAAGAAGAUAAGAUACAAAGUGAUUUUGAUACAGAUACAAAUACGGACCUAGAGUUUUAACUCACUUUGUGCAGGAUCUAGUGAAGAUAGAUGGACUUGCAUGUGCAGUGCAGAUAGUUUACUUGAUGUAGCAGCUGGCAAUCUCAACACAAACUAUUUUACAUCUUGCAAUUGCACUUCUGGAUCGAUCGGUCAUGUUGAUUCAUCAAAGAAGUGGAUAUCCAGCAAAGCUGUUGUGAUUGUUUUGUUAAUAUGUGUUCUUCUCACAACUCUGGCAUUUACUGCUUCUGUGGCAUGCUAUGUCUAUCGAAGGGACAAAUGUCCUGUACAAGGCCCUCUAUUCUCAUCAGAUAAAGAUACAAGUUUCAGCAGUGCUACAAACCUAAUAAGCCACGGGGCUUCUUCAGUUCCUGAGUCGAGAGUUUAUAUAGGUUCCAUUAACCCUUUCACAGGUAUUUGGGGUUAUGACUGCUUUUUUGAGGUCUUUGUACUGAACUUUUAAUCAUGGCUUCUAUUAGAGUGUCUUGUGAGUGCUGGCUAAUAAUAUAGUUUGUAUAAUCUAAUAUAGGAACGUGGAAUACACAGAUUAAAUCUUGACAUCAUUGAUUGAAUUA